CCCAUCCUCUCCUUCAACCGCUCACCGCAGGCAACACCCAUGGGCCCUCUCAGCAGCAACCUGCCCCUGGAGACAUGGCUCAGCCCGCCUGUGCCCAGCGGCACGGCCCUGCAGACCCUGCCCGGCUUCGUGGCCUCGCCGCAGAGCCUGCCUGGCAGCUACACGCCACCACCCUUCCUGAACUCUCCGGCAGUGACCCAUGCGCUGCAGCCCCUGGGGGCCAUGGGGCCACCACCACCUUACCAGUGCGGGGCCACCUUCGUGGACAAGUUCCCCUUGGAUGAGGCAGACCCGCGCAACAACAGCAUUGCUGCCUUGCGGAUGAAG